CAUUCUCUCUCCCGCAAAUCGAGUUGUCUUUUUAUAUUCAAGUCAGUAACUGCAUAGUCUCGAUGGAUCCUGAUAUCAGGAAGUUUGGAAGAGGGCCUAGAGAACUUGGUGGUUCAGUUGAUCUUCUAAAUCAUUGUAAACUUAGGAAACAUCUUGAUUUGUUCUGCAAGAGGUCUCUACCACUCUCUAUAUCUGAGACACAAUACCUCAGGAAUGUGGUGGGGGACACAGAAAUAAGGAAAGGUGAAGGAAUGGAACUCGAUCAGUUGUCUCAAAAUUCCCCCUAUGUGGGGCAUAGAUGUGUACAGUUGCGUCCUUUUGGCUUGGAUCUUCUUACUGAUGCUUUUCAGCUAAGAGAAGCAACAUCCACCGAUCUGCCAUUGGCAGAAAUUGGGUUCCCUAUAGGUGCAUCUAAAUUGAAGAAUGAGUGCAAGGAAAAGAAGAAGCACAAAAAGCACAAACACAAAGAUAGGUCGAGGAAACAUGAUCCUAGCAGUUGCACUGAUAAGGAACCUAAACCAAGCAGGGUUAACAAUAAGGAGAAAAAUGAGAGCAAGUCACAGAAUUACGGUCCAGAUUUGUUUCUGAGACAGCAAGUAAAGAAGCCAAGAACCGAUGGCAAUGGAGGUUUUUCUGGUAUCCUAACAUACCAGAAAAAUGAGCUAAAUAAGGCAUUCAGACGUUCAUAAGUGUACACAGGGUGUCAUUGACAUCGCAAAUCUGGUUAAGAGAGUAGCAAGGCGCAUUCAAAUAUCCACAUUAAAAUUCAUUUGGUAUCCCAUGUCUGAGCGAGCUUUCAAUUAUUUUGAAUGGUUCGUAAGAGACAUUAAGAGUUGUAGCCUGUGUUGGUAGACAUUAAGAUUGUUCAAAAUUGUACAUUUGGAGAAUAUUGAAGCUGUGAAAUUUUUAUUUUGUAAUUAGAUACCUCUGGGGAGACAUAUGGCUCCAUUGUACAAAACCAUAUUGCAUAAUUGCAUGACCGGAACUUAUCAAGUAAAA